AUGAUUACUCGAUUACCAACAUUGUCAGCUGAUAAAUCUGCAUUGAAAAUUCAAAGUGCAUUUCGUAAUCAUCAAGCUCGACUUAAAUUAAAAAAUCAAGCAGUAUGGCAAUUACAUGAAAAACUUGAAUAUUCAAGUGAACAAACUCAAGCAAAACUAAAAGAUAUGUUUGAAAAAUUACUCAAAGCAUCUGAUUCACUUUCACCAUCUGUUGCAAAAUUACUUCAGAAAGCUCGAUUACCUGUAGAAGAAAGAGAACUUUUAAGAUCAACAAAUCCUGAUAGUAUUCCUGUUGAGGCUAGUUAUCGUGGACCACGUGUUGAAGGCCCAAUUACAAGACAUACAUUUGUAGAUUUAAUUGAAGCUUUUCAACAUGGGGAAAUAUUACAUGAAAAAUAUGUUUGUCACAUUCUUCAUGAAGCACGUGCUAUACUCAAAACUUUACCAAACUAUAAUCGUAUUGAUUUAUCUAUUUUACAUCAUAUAUACAUUAUUGGUGAUCUUCAUGGACAAUUAGCUGAUUUAUUACAUAUAUUUAAUGCGAAUGGAUUACCUGCUAUUGAUAAUCCAUAUAUAUUUAAUGGAGAUUUUAUUGAUCGAGGUCGAAAUUCAGUUGAAGUUAUUCUCUUACUUAUGAUUGCAUUGAUUCUCUAUCCAAGUUCAGUCUUUCUUAAUCGAGGUAAUCAUGAAGAUAUAAUGGUUGCAGCUCAAUAUGGUUUUCAAGAUGAAGUUAAUCGAAAAUAUCGAGUUAGUUCAUAA